AUACGAGUUGAUAGGGAGCGGAGAGGAGCGUCAUCUGCAUAUUGUUGAAUUCCGUGACGAAAGACGUACAUACGUCUUUGCCAAGCCACUGAACAUGGAUUCUGGUGGUAUUGUCGUGGCUGAUGGAGACGGAGGGCCGUGUGUUCCAUCUCGAAUAGCCACACACAGUCCGCAACAAACAGCUCGUUUUGUGUCUCCUGAUGUGGAAGAAACAGAGGCGGAUAAACUCAGAAAACGGCUGAACACAUAUGCUCACUGGUCGAGCAGAAAGAGUGCUUUGCAACUUGCAACUGCAGGUUUCAUCUACACUGGCAUCACAGACAAGGUGGAAUGCCAGUCGUGUGGUAUUCGACUCUACAACUGGCAAGACGACGAGGAGCCUCUCCAAGCACACAAGAAAUAUGCUCCGGAUUGUGAAUUCAUGAUAAAACAUUUUCCCCAGAUCAAAGCGCCACCUAAACCCAAGAAAAUCCUUAGUGUGAAAUACCCUCAAUACUCUGAUUAUGAAUCCCGCUUGAGGAGUUUUGACUCCUGGCCUCUGAAGUGUGUAGCCCAGAAACCCGAAAUGAUGGCCCGGUCAGGCUUUUUCUACAUAGGCUCGGCUGACCGGGCAAGGUGUUUCCACUGCGGUGUGACGCUGAGAGACUGGGACACCGACGACUAUCCACCAUGUGCACACCGACAAUGGUCAGAAAACUGCCCCUACGUUCAACAGUUAGAUGUUGAUGGAAUGAAAAAGGAGAUCGAAGGAUGGGAAAGGGAGGAAAAAUUGAGGAUACAGUUCCAAAAUUCAACAUUUAUUGACUGUAGUGCAAGUAGAGGUUUCAUUGAUACAAGGUGUGAUAUUGUCGUCGACGGGCCGCCACAGCCGGAAGCCUCAUAUGCCACGAACCCUACCCCUGUCAUUUCUCAAGCGUCAGAGGUUUCCGACGAGUUCGAAACAAACCCGGCAAUCAUGGCGGUUGUCGAAUGGGGCGUUUCGAGGGAUCAAAUAAAAAAGGCUAUUGAUACAAGAAAACAGUCUGGACUGCCACAUUUCCUAGCGCAUCUGCAUUGUUUGAAGCAAUCCUUGACAUGGAAGAUGGCGUCUGAAAGCUUUCAACAAGCCAUGAUUACACUCCCUGAAAGUUCACUGCUACCUUCAGCCCCAAAAGGAAGCCUUGGAAUAAUCUUCCAUGAAGCUGGCCUGAGCUCUUCCAGGAAAUCAACCAGACCGGGUGACGCAAUGUUGCAACGUAAUAAUUUUUCAGCAUCACAACAACUUUAAUGUCAUAUAUGUUGUGUCAGUCUUUCUUUCAUUUCGUAAAUUUAAAGCAUUUGAUAGGUGACCUGAUUUUUUAACAUAAUCAUGUAAUAUUGCUUUUAAAAACCAUCCUGUUGCCGCCUUAAAAUAAUAGGCUGAUAUGAAAGAUCCUGCUUAGUUCCUCUUGGGCUUUCUGUACUGUCAGCAUUGUCAUAUUCACAUCGCUGAAGAGAGAUAAAACGAUGCCCUGUUACUGACAACCUGGGCAGAGGGGUAGCCUAGUGGCUGAAGCGUUCGCUCAUCAUGCCGAAAAGCGGCAUAAAACCAAACCCACUCACUCACUAGUGACCAUCCAAGGAGUGACAUGGCUGCAAUAGUUUUUGUGGCGAACAUCGGGGCUCAAAAUGAGUGAUAAUUUGGAUGAAAUAUUCCACAAGAACUUGGAAGAAGGGAAAGGACACCCACUGAAACACAGAUUAAGUUUGGUCAUUUGAAAAAGAAUAGGUUAGCGUCAUUUAUGAAAUUAUUAUUUUUGUUAAUGGGCAAAAAAUAAAGAAAAACCAUGUAGUUCUUUGGUGUUUUUGGAAAUUGCACAAAAUGCAUUUGCAAAUUUAAUAUCUUUAAAGGAUGACUAGCAUGUUAGGAACAUUAAUUUCUUGGAGUCUUUAAGAUGAAUUCAAUCAUGACUUGGAACCAGCUUGUAGUGGUCAUGAAAUGUAACAGAGGAAACCAACCUUGUAAAGAAUAUUGUUAAUGCAAACAAGUGCUCCAGAAUUGUUUGUGUUCAAUUAUGAGAAAGCAUGAUCGAUUGCUUAGUCGUUUAGUGACUGCGACUGAUCUUCGAUUAUUUCAAUUAAUCGGACCACCACUACCGAUACCUUGCAUCAUAAUAUAAAAAGAAGUUAUUAUCCAUAAAAUAUAGUACCUUUCAGUUUCUUAUUAUUCAUCAAUUUCUAACAUACCAAUCAAACAGAUAAAAAAAACAAUGACUGUAAAAAUAACUUAAAUAGCGAUUAGCACCAACAUAAAUGGGGCACAGACACAAUGUAUGUUUAACAACACCUUAAACGUCGCUAAUCAAUCCAAAAGCAAACCAGCAGAGAGCUAUCAAUUUGGGAAUGUAAAAUAGAAAUGAAAAGAAGAUAGUCCUUAUGCUGAAAAAACAAAAUCUCAAAAAAUGUCAAAAUUU